GGUAGUUAGACGUCAACAAGAAUCUCAGUAAAUAUUUUUUCUCGUAGAAAAUGGCAAAAUGGUCUAUCGCAGAAUAAAUUUCAGAGCAACUUGUAACAAAUACUUGAAUUUGUAGUCUUGUAUGUAAGUAUGUUCACGUUUCUCUGCUAGCUCGCUAACUAGCUACGUCAAUUCAGCUAACGUUUGCUAACUAGUUAGCGUCGUAGUAGGUCGCACCGUACCUAUUUUUUUUCUUGUCAAUUGGGGUGUACAUUUUGUGCAAAAUAGCUAGUUAGUGCACAGUCUUGGUUUGUCACCUCAGUGAUAUCAAUACAUUUUUGUCAGCUAUGGUGGUUUGCAUUAGUUCUUUAGCUUCAUAACUAGCUAGCUAGGUAGUUAUGUUUGACAGCUAGCUAGUCUGGCUAGUUAGCUAAAUUUACUAGGGGGAUCAGGCAGGGUGGCUUGACAGGGAUUGUGUUUAGGUUAAUCUUCAUCAACAGUAAUUGUUAGCUUGCAGUAACGUUUGUUAGUAUGUAUUGUUUCACAUUCGUUGAACGUUUUCUUUGCUGACAUCAGUCCUUCACACACCCCUUCAAGGGCAACAUGAUUCCAAGAUUGACAUGCUGACGUCACAUAGUUAUUAUCAAUCAUAAUAUGAAGUUAAUCUAACCUUUCAGCUAUUCAAUUUUUUUAAAUGAUGACUCCAGUAACUGUCAGACAUGUUCAGAGUCCUCAAGAUGGCCUCUUUAAAUCAAUGACAAUGUCUGGAUGCCCCUGGGAGCUGUGAAGAUGAAGAUACUGUUUGUAUGUUGUGGUGUAUGUGUACCUGAACACCUCCAAAGGCGUCAAUAUAUACCGCAAUCUUUGGCCAUACUGACUAAGAAAGACGUAUUAUUUCUUAGUAUGUAUAGGGCCUUGUGUAAAGACCUCUGUAAUAGCGCCAAACUAAUAUAACUAAUCAUUCUAUCCAUGUACUCUGCUUCCUCUUUCACAGUUUCACAUAGGAAGGUUGGGGGUCUAUGAGGAGGGAUGCCUGUCGAAAGUGGAAGCAGUGCAGCCUCUCGCCAGGCCAAGCAGAAGCGCAAGUCCCACAGUCUGUCCAUCCGCCGGACCAACAGCACCGAGCAGGAGCGCUCAGGUUUACAGAGGGAGAUGUUGGAGGGACAGGUGAGGACUGGGCUGGGGGGAGCCUGAGAACAAUACACAGAGUAGUCGAGUUUUCAUUUGCUUUUGUCCGGCUGAAUGUUGUCAACAUGACUAGAGAGAUUUUCCUAUCUGAUUUUCCUAUCCAAAAUGGUAUAGAAUAGAAUGAGGCAAUCCACAUGUCUGUGGUAGUUGUGUUCUUAUUUUGGGUGCACUAAUGGCACUGUGGUUUGCACCAAUAGGUUCACUAGUCUAAAGUAGGCCUAAUCCCUUUACACUGUGGUCCAUCAGUUUAGAGAGCAUGAAAUGCUGUUGUGCUGUUUAACCAUCAGAAUCAGUGUGUUCUCUUCUGUCCCUGACCAAGUGAUGCACAUGGACUCAAGCUAAUCUAUUUAAACAUCACUUAGUUGAGUCAAUUAUAUGAUAUAAAGUGUAUGGAUGCAGUUAGAAGAACAGAACAUAUUCAGUUAAAUGAUACAUUUUUAGUUAUGGAUUAGACUACAUGAGAUGAAACAGCCUAAAUAUACUUUCCCUUAACAGAAAAUAUAAAUUAGCCUAAAAUGUGAUUUAGUAGACAGUUGUUGUAAUCCAAGUAGUAAGUUAAUGUAGAUAUUGUUGUGGAAUUGUUUAUUCAAUUAUCUUAGUUCUAUGUUAGCUAUUAUAAACUGGGUGGCUUGAGCCGGGUAUGACAAAACAUUUAUUUUUACUGCUCUAAUUUUGUUGGUAACCAGUUUAUAAUAGCAAUAAGGCACCUCGGGGGUUGUGGUAUAUGACCAAUAUACCAAAGCUAAGGGCUGUAUCCAGGCACUCCGUGUUGCGUCGUGCUUAAGACCACACCCCCUAGGCCUUAUUGCUUCAUUGUCUUCAGGCUUUCUACACUGCAACACUGAACAAACAGAUUAAGAUAAAUUCUAUGUCUGAUCAUUAAGGGGAUGCCCAGAUAAUUAAGGGGAGCAACUGUAAAAUGCCUCUAGCCUUUUUCAGUAUGCCUUUUUCAUAGUAGAGUAUGUUUUCAGCUAUUAUUGUGGUAGCAUAUAGCAUUACUUCAGAGGAAUAAUUAAUCUUUCUCUUAAAUUAUUCGGGACAUGGGGCAAACCACUUAAUCCAACUUUUUUGUUUUUUCUCUGGCUACUUUGAUUAGUCUAAAUCUGCUGAUAAUCUGCGUCACUAUUUGAAACCUGAGGUAAGUUAGGUGUUUAGAAACACUGCAGCUGUGCCAGAAUGUAGAGUACCUUCUCAAUAGCAUACUAAAUAGUUUAGGUGUAAUGUUUUAGUGUUCUCUCUCCCUAGGUUCGUUCACACACUAUGCAUUUCCUUUCCCCUUGCCAAAACGCUCAGUUCUAUUAAAGGGAUUUUUUAUCUACUUCCUCAGAGUCCGAUGAACUCGUGCAUACCAUUUUUAUGUCUCUGCGUGCAGUGUGCGCUAGCGUUAGCGAAAUGACUGGAUGUCUAUGGGUAUCUACGCUAAUGCAAGUUAGCAUUGGCUUGUAAAACUAACUCUAACUUCUUUCAUACUGGACACAGAGACAUAAAAAUGGUGUCCGCAAGUUCAUCUGACUCCGGGGAAAAAUCCCGAAGUAUCCCUUUAAAUCUACAGCAAGCUUCAUCCCUUUAAAUCUACAGCAAGCUUCAUUCAACAUGCUCUGUGCUCCUAUCCAGAAAAUAUGUUUUCAGUAUUGCAAAUCUCUCCAUGCUAUACAAGUUCCAUCAAAUUCCCCCCUGAGCAAUAGCCUACUCUUUAAACUAGACUACCCCAGCCUGUUUUGCUGUUUAUUUGAGCAUUGUGGCGUAUUGGUACUUGUCCUUUCUCCAGCUGCAUCAGGGCUUGUUACUGUUAGCCUGCGAAUGCAAAGAGCACUCUAAAAUCCUUAAAAAAAAGCUGGGCCUGUAUGUGUUAGGCCCUGGACAGACUGUGCUCUUGUCACACUAGGCUCUUCAGUUCACUUCAGUGCUCUCGUAGAAUGAAAAUGUGUGCGUUAAAAGGAAUGUAACAGAGAAUCAAGACCAUUUGUUGUGGUUCUGACAUCCUUCCGCAACACAUAAUAUAUUGUCCUUGUGUAGUGGUACAACAUUGAUAUUUAGUUGUCUGUGUUAGUGUCCCUAUCUUCACCCUUGAGUGUUUGGUUGCAGUGUUGCUUCUAUAUAUUUUUUUGCAGUGGUGGCAAGGGUAGUAGUGGUGAGGGGAGGGUGGUGCAUUGCUACUAGUGCAAUGACACGCUAUCUGUUCCCAUAGACUUCCAGUCAUUGAGCCAAUGACUAUCCAUUUAAAAGCGUGUCUCGGUAUAAAUAAAUAUAUACAUGUAUAUAUAUUUUAAAAAGUACAUAUUUUUUGCAGCGGUGGCAAUAAUUUAGCUGCGGUCAGCCGCCGCUGCUAAAUGAAUAUAGGGGAAACACUGGGUUACAGUCCCCUUAGCACUAGUAAAUGAUAAUUUUUUCAGCAUUGUCUUGCAGGAAGAUUAUGCUUAAUAGUUUGCUAUUAUAUCACUAGGGCCCACACGUGUUGGGUUUGAAGUAUUGGUCUCAUUAUAAACCAAAGGGUGAAUUAUUCAGUUCUCUUUCCUAUUUCACAAAAAAUAUUAAAAUUAUCAAUUUCUCCCCCAUUUAUGCUUCUGCAGGAUUCCAAACUGCCAUUGUCUUUGAGGAGCAAUCUUUUGGACCUGUUUGGCCAGAUCGAGAGGGAGUUUGAAAACCUCUACAUUGAAAACAUUGAGUGUAAGUGUAUAGCACACGGAUUGGUGGAUAACAUUUCUAUUGGUUUUUAUGCAUGGUCAUCAUUGGAGUGGAUGUCACUUAGUAGGAUUUCACUCUGUGUACACCACUAACCAUAUGUGAAAAUGUGUUGAUUGAUAUGUUUGAUAAUCUCAUUGCUGUCAGAAUCACUCAUUAUGAGUUCUAUUAUUUUGCAGUGCGUAGAGAGAUUGAAACCCUGAACGAUCGUUUGACAGCUGAAGGACAAACCAUCGAUGGGGGAGACUUGACAAAGGGGGCACUUAAAACAAAAGGUUUGAGACAGUAGAAUUUCCUUUGACAUGUUAGAUAGUUUAGCAUUAUUUAUGUUCAACACAUGUUAAUACCGCUGUGAAGGGCCUUAAUGCCAAAUAAAGAAAAUUACAUAGGGAUCCACAAUAUUUUGAUUAGAGACUUCACUGACUUCUUAUUCUGUUCUCAUAAUGUGCUCUCUCUUUACUCGCAGCAAGUCAUAGCACAAGUCAACUUUCACAAAAACUGAAGACCACUUAUAAGGCAUCUACAAGCAAGGUAAAAUGUCUUAUCUUUAUCUCUGGCUUGCAUGACGAUUCAAAGAAAAGGGCUAAUAUUGUUGAGUACCUACAACUAGUGCUGAGCGAUUUAACUGAAAUGUCGGUUAUUUUUUCGGUUUUAAAACAACUAAUUGACUCAAGUGGGUUAAAAUAUUUGAAUUUGAUUUCUUUCAGGUUUUUUCUGUGAGCUCAAUGCGCACAUUGUGCAGUUUCUCUAGAGAUCUGAUCAAGCCCAAACUGUGUGAUGAAGUAGGGAGUUGUAGUUUGCAAUAGGCCAAUAUUCUACAUAGUUUAGCUCAGAAAACGUGGUAAUUAACUACAAUGACCAUAAUCCAUUGUGCACCUACUUGUCUGGUCUGUGUUUCUUUUACGCCUGCUACGUUAGGUUAGUGUGGGUAGACAUGGAGAGAGAAGAGACAGAAUAAUGUGUGAUCAAGAGGGAUAGAGGCAGUUGCUUCGUGAGGUAUCUCUAAAUACAUGAUUUCAGUGAUUCUUAGUUGGUACUCAGCAGUUAUAAAACUAUGCCUUAUUUACUUUGAAGAACUACUAAAAUAGUGAUUUUGUCAGACAGCAUAGGCAGCAGCUCUAUAGAGAUGAUUACUUGGAAGGAAAUAAUAGUCAUCAAAUGUAAUAUACACAACAAUUGAGACAUUUUAUUAAAGAUAAGUAAUGUAAAUAAAUGAUGGUUAAUAAGUGAUGAACAGUAAUUGGCAGUCACUACCAUCAUGAUACCUGUAUUAAUAGUUUUAUUCUGUUACAACAUUCAACCCACAUAAUACAUAAGUGCAUUUCAUGUUUAAAAAACAUAAUCGAAAUCAAAAACCGUGAUUCUUUAAAAAAAUAAUCGAUCCAUAAGCCAAACACUAAUUGCUCAGCACUACUUACAAUCUAGUUGUUCGCUAUUACAAUAAUUGUUUCGGCAAAGGGGUGACUUAGAGGGGAGAAAGGCCACUGUUCUAUUGAAACACAAUCUUAUAUGAAAAUUGUAUUUAUUUUUGAGGAAAUGGAUCUAAGGAUAUAUUCAUUUAAAAUACAAUCGCUUUAAGGUUUGUGCUGUAUGUGAAGUUUUCAUUGAACAAGAGAUAUGAAAGUGGUCAUAUUGUCAAUUUAUUUAUAUUUUUUACCUGUGCCAUAGCGCUCACAUUCUUUCCAUGGCAAAGUAGGUGAUGGACCUCUUCCCACCUUCACUGUGGGGAACAUUGUGGAGUUGUGGGGUGGCGACUCAUGGGUAAAAGGUUAUUAAUUUCCCCCGUGUCCCCCCACCACUAUGCAUGAGCAGCCCAUCCAUGGGGCUGAUGCACCAUCUCCAACACACUUGGUGAUUGAAAUGUAUGACUUGUUGUUUUAUAGACUAAUUUCAGUGAGACACAUUAAAGACACUAAUUGAUAUAUUUCACUAACCAAAGCUUUCUAAGCAAUUAAGGCUACACAUUUAGUUUUUUUGUUUGUUUCUUCAUUCACUAAAAUGGAUUUGCAUUGGAUUUCCAAGCUGUCAAGCACUUAGGCCGAAAGGCUGACAAGAUCUCUGUGAAAUGCCUUCAUCUUCAAUGUCUUAAAGGGAUACUCUGAGAUUCUCGCAUUUUUACGUCUCUGCGUGCAGUAUGAAGUAAGUUGAGGUAGUUUCAUGAGCCAAUGCUAACUAGCGUUAGUGCAAUGACUGGAAGUCUACAGGUACAGUAGCAUACGCUAGCGUACCUGUAGACUUCCUGUACAAUUUCCAGAAUCUCGCAGUAUCCCUUUAAUGACUAAUGGUUUUAGAUGAAAGAGCAUUUGUGGGCCUUGUUUUGUUUCACAGUCAGUGCAAUGACUGAUUUAUAUUGUGCUCUUUCUAUCAUUUAUGUUUUAGUCAUUUAGUAGAAAAAAAACUACCACAGUUACUGCGAUUAGACUCUUAUUUGAAGUAGCCGCUAUCAUGGCAACAGUGUGAUGGUCUGUCAGGAACAGCUUGGUUUUACCUCGUUGAGCAUAAGCCCAUUGGUUUUCAGCUGUAGCCAGAGUCACACAAUCUCAUUACUGGAAAGAACUAACCUAUUCCUCUGUAGCUCAGUUGGUAGAGCAUGGUACUUGCAACGCCAGGAUAGUGGGUUUGAUUCCCUGGACCACCAGUACAUAAAAUGUAUACACACAUAACUGUAAGUCGCUUUUGAUAAAAGUGUCUUCUAAAUGGCAUAUUCUUAUUAUUCACACACAUUACUAAGUUAGGCUGAUCACUUGCUCUUUUCAAUGUAUGCUUUUAUACAGUACAUUCAUUGCAUUCAAGGUUAAAAAAUGUAUGAUCUAUAUGUCAUUUUCAGAAAUGGCACUUGGAUGGCUUCAAGCAAACUCUAAUCUUUUCUUGAAAUGUUGAUGAUUACUGAUGUAAAACGAGCACCAAUUUGAUAUGCUCAUUGCAGACCAUCAACUGUCUGAAUAGGCUAUACUCCAUAAACGGGGUCAGGGUGCCAUAGAUACUUGGCCAGUUUCUACCAGCUGAUUUAGCGAUGCUUUGCGGUAUCUAACACACUUCCUGUUGCCUAAUGGUUAAAUAUAGCAUGUUACGCCAGUGUUACAUCUAAACAGGUUCUGUAAUCCUUAACAGCUCUGAGUAUAAACUGCACUGCUAUCUUUCCUAUGGCCACCAUUCACUACUGACUGUUAAUAGUGCUUCAUUUAGUUUAUGCACACCUUAAAAUGCAUGUGACUUAUCCUGUUUCAUAGGAACUGUGUAUUAAAUCAGACCUGGGAACAUUUUGAAUGUCUAGAUGUAUGUUAGUCCUGAAGUUAAUUUUUUCUCAAAUGAUUUCAUAGUAAUUUAUUUUGUAGUGCACUGUCGCAUGUAUCUCGCACCAAAGCCUCAGGCAGCGUCCCAAAUGGCUCUGGUCAAAUGUAGUGCAUUAUAUAGGAAAUAGGGUGCCGUCUGAGACACCCUCAGCUACUGUAUCUGCAGAGGUUUUAUCUGUGCAGCCCAGAGAGACCCAGAGCUGCUGCUGUUAUGUGUGGAUAGACUGCUGUGCUUUUGGCUUGCUCUGUGCUUACAAACAACCAACCAACCACUGAAAACUAACUGCAACUCAACACAUCAAAGUUGUGAAUAACAUUUUGGUCUUCCAUCGUGUUAUUAUGCUGUUACUAGGCCUAUAUGUUUACGAAAGUUCACAUAAUGUUGAAUUUCCACUUUAAUUUCCAUAGUUUUCUCAAGGAUGAUUUUGUGUUUUUUGUAUGUGGUUGCAAUAUUCAGGUUUUCCAGAAAUACUGGUUGGAGGAUUCUGGAUUUCUUGGUUAUUCCCUCCUGAAUCUGGGAAUCUUUCAACUGGGAUUUCUGGAAAACCUGGGAAUUUUAGGAAAGUUACUUGAGUUUUGCAGCCCUGUUUUUGUAUGUUUAAUUAUUUUGGUGAGAUAACUGACCUGUUACUUUAUCCCCUCAUGCUUUUACAGUGGGAACUUAUUUAGUGGUUUGUUUCAAACACCUGCCACUCCCAGAAGUCCAACUUGUUUUAUUUCCAUUUUAGAUGUAAACAUGGAUACUGACUGAUGAUCAUCAUUUCACUAUUGUUAUUUGAAGGGUUUUGUUUUAUUUAACCUAAUAUUGCUUCAUAUAUUAUUCAUCCCCUCUUCAUUCUUUCACAGCUUUGCAUUUAAAAUCAGUUUUGAUUACGGUAAUGACGCAUAUUGAUUGUGUCCCCAACAUGAUACUGAGGUGAUGUGAGUAAAUAAAUAAUGAUGAUUGUGUCCCAAAUGGCACCCUAUUUGCUGAUAUAGUGCACUAUUUUUGACCAGAGCCCUAAAGAAGUGCACUAUAUAGGGAAUAUGGUGCCAUUUUGGACAUGGACUAAAACAACCUAAGCUUCUUAGCCAUCGCAGAGGUAUCAUGCUGACUGACUGGAGCCCUAAUGACCCUAUGACCCCCACCCACCCAGUGCUGCUGUCCCUCCCUGCUUUCAUUAUGCUUCCUCCUCUUCAUUCACCUGUGUGUUAACACCAUCUCCUGUCUGCUUCCCUUCAGAUAGUCUCCAGUUUUAAAGCCACCACGUCCAGAGCCGUGUGCCAGCUGGUCAAGGAGUAUGUAGGCCACAGGGAUGGCAUAUGGGACCUGAGUGUCACCAGGACACAGCCCGUGGUGCUGGGCACAGCGUCGGCAGGUAGAUUGCUACAGUACAUCCCAAUGCCAUCGUGGUAGGGUUGCAAAAUUACAGUACAUUUCCUCAAAUUCCCUGGUUUUAAAGAAAUCCUGGUUGGAAGAUUCCUGGAAUCAGGAGAAAAUAAGUAGGAAAUCUAUAAACCUCCCACCAGGACUUCGGGAAAACCUGGGAUUUCUAGGAAGUUUCCAGAAUUUUGCAUGCCUAGCUAGCUACAGUACAUCCCAAUGUCUUGACUACUAGCCUUAUCGUCCUCCUGGCCCAAGACUAACAAUCAUCUUAGUGAGUCACAGUAAUGUUUAGCCUGAUAGCGCUUUAAAAUGCACUGCAGAGUUUGGUUUAAUAUUCAAUCAAUUUAACAGGUGCGUGUUUGGGUUGUGAUCAUGCAAUCAUAAGGUCUAGCAAUUAUUGCUUUCAGAUCGGAGAGCAUAUUGUGCUUUUAAUACACUAAAAGGGGGCAAAUGUAAUUUGUCAAUGAUUACAGUAUGAAGGCAGUGCGAACUGAAGGACUCAUGAUUUGCAUCCCAAAUGGCAUGCUAUUCCCUAUUUAGUGCAAUACUUUUGACCAAGGCCCAUAGUGCUACUGGUCAAAAGUAGUGCUUUAUAUUGGAAAUAGGGUGCCAUUUGAGAAUCACAAAUGAUUACAGUAUGAAGCUAGCAUGGCCUAAAUGACGCCUACUAUUCUAAGCCACUGUGUGUGUACACCACGUGUCUGUCCACAGAUCACAGUGCCAUGCUAUGGAGCAUCGAGACCGGAAAGUGCCUCCUGAAGUAUGUGGGUCAUGCAGGAUCAGGUAAAAUGCUUUCUUUAUUUGAUCCAUGCAAUGUGUAGUCAUGAAGAAAGCGACUGGUCUAAAUUAUUCGUAUAGGGCAUCCCAAAUGGCACCCUAUUCCCUAUAUAGUGCACUACUUUUGACCAGAGCACUAUGGUGCCCUGGUCAAAAGUAGUGUACUGUGUAGGGAAUAGGGUGCAAUUUGGAAUGGGCCCAAAGUUUUAUUGUGGAGGCUAUUCAUCAAUAUCUAUAUGAACAAAUACCUCCUAUAUUUGUUUCUUUCCAGUUAACUCUAUCAAGUUCCAUCCCACGGAACAAAUGGCUCUUACAGGUAAGGAGCUUUUGCUCAAUGUCCACAAUUGUCAGAAAAACACAUUUUAGUCCAAUGUAUGUUCAGAUGUCUAUUGUUUGGAAGUGUUUUUGAGGCCUCUUUCUGCUCUGUCCACAGCAUCUGGUGACCAGACAGCCCAUAUCUGGAGAUACAUGGUGCAGUUGCCCACCCCACAGCCUGUAGCUGACAUCAGUGUAAGCUUCUCAAAACCAUAUCUCUUCUAUCCCACUGCAUCUACAAAUGUCUAGUUCUAAAUGCUGAUCUCUGUGUGUCUGUGGUAUGUGCGUCUGUAUCUGCGUCUGUCUCCGAUUCCACAGCAGACGCCCUGUGACGACGACAUAGACUUCUCAGAUAAGGAUGAGGCUGACGGGGACGGUGACGGCCCUAACGAGUGUCCCUCCAUCCGCAUGGCUUCCACUACCCUCAGGAGCCACCAGGGGGUUGUCAUCGCUGCAGACUGGCUGGUGGGGGGCAAGCAGGUGGUCACCGCCUCCUGGGACCGGGCUGCCAACCUGUACGACGUGGAGACAUCUGAGCUCGUCCACUCUCUCACUGGUACGAGCCAGCCGUUCUCUUAGGGCCGGUUUCUGGGACACAGAUUAAGCCUAGUUCUGGAUUAAAAAGCAAGCGCAAUGGAGAAUCUCUAUUGAAAAUGCUCUUUAGUCCAGGAAUAGGCUUAACCUAUCAAUGGGAAACCACCCCUUAAUGUGUGCUCUGCCGUAUAUCUCUACCUCACCUCUGUGUGUGUGUGUGUGUGCGUGCUUGCAUGCGUGCGUGUCCAGGCCACGACCAGGAGCUGACCCAUUGCUGUACCCACCCCACCCAGCGUCUGGUGGUCACCUCGUCCAGAGACACCACCUUCCGUCUGUGGGACUUCAGAGACCCCUCCAUCCACUCUGUCAACGUGUUCCAGGGACACACCGAGUGAGUCGCACACACACACACCACCUUCUGCCUGUGGGUCCUCAGAGACCCCUCAUCCACUCGUUCAGUCUGUCAGUAGCACCCCUACAAAAUUAAUGCAGAAAGCAUCUCGCCACACGUAUGAAUGACAUUAAUUAGACAUUAAUUCGUAGUCAUUAUCAAUGUGUCUGUUUAGAUUACAGGGGCUAGAUUUGGUCUGCCAAGAGUAGCGGAUGAGGGCACAGCUAAUCAGCCAUUAGUAUCCAUAACAAAUGAUACCGUGAUACAUGAGUCAGUCAAGUGAAUGAAGUAGCUGGUGACCUUCAGGCCUCAAAUAUUCCCACCAAGACAGCAUCUGUGUGUUUGUAGUAAAUAUCUAGGUAUUCCUCUCAUACUGCAAAUUGACUUUAUCUAGGGUUGCAAAACUACCGGAAUCUUCUGUAAUUUGGGUAAUUAACAGGUAAUCGAUGGCAAUCUAUGUUAACUUUGGUAAUUUAUACUUGAAAAACUUUUUUUAAAUCACAUAGUAUUCAUUUUUGAUAUGUGUGUCCAUAUUUACCAUGAGUUUCUAGUAGAUGGACCAUAUGGUUCAAGAGGAAAUAGCCUAAUUAAUGAAAAAAGCAUCUAAUCAACAAUGGCAUUAUUUUCAUUUAACUCUGCAACUCUUCCAACUAUUGACUUUUCUUCACAACUUCCACCGUUUUAGCGCCAAAACAUUUACAACAAAGACAUAUUGACAUAAUAAAAUAAAUACAAGUGUAAAAAAAAAAAUUUGCAUGCUGAAACCCUUAUAUUAAACACCAAUGGUUUUCACUAAGUUGAUGGUUUAUAUUUAGGAUAAUGUUUUACAGCUUUGUCAUUCUAUAUAUAUAUAUUUUUAAUCUUAUUUAAUUAAUUCAUAUAUGUACAUGUGAUAAGGCCACACAGAGGGUCAGAGAUAAUUAUAGACACCUGUGAUAAUCUGAAUUACCGAAAAGGGCCACUAGAUGUUUUGUGAUCCUUGAAAGCUACCAACAUUCUGGUAGUUUAUUGGUAAACUUAGAACAUUUCCAGUAAUAUACCCUCCCUUUGCAACCCUAGCUUACUGAAAUACUAAGUGUAAAAAUCCUGAGUCCCUAGGAUAUUAGUUGUCAGGGUUCCCUCACUAGGACAACAUCAGUGUGUGGUUGAUUCAAUCAACUUCAAUCUCGUUAAUUUCAUAAAGCCCUUUUAACGUCAACAGUUCUCACUAAGUGCUUUCCAGUAAUCUGGCCUAGACCCCAAAGAGCAAGCAAAGCAAGUGAAUUACUAUUUUGAAGAAGUCCCAUGUAGUCCCGUGUGGCUCAGUUGGUAGAGCAUGGCACUUUCAAUGCCAGGGUUGUGGGUUCAAUUCUCAUGGGGGGCCAGUACAAAAAUGUAUGAAUGAACUACUGUAAGUUGCUCUGGAUAAGACCGUCUACUAAAAUGUAAAUGUAAUAACUCUCUUCCACCAUGUCAUGCGUCUCCAGCACGGUGACGUCAGCAGUGUUCACUGUGGGGGACAACGUGGUGUCUGGGAGUGACGACCGCACCGUCAAGGUCUGGGACCUCAAGAACAUGAGGUCACCCAUAGCAACCAUCCGCACAGACUCUGCAGUCAAUAGGUGAGAGAGAGGAGUUUCAAAUUGAGAUAGUAGGCAAGUAUUAGUUUGUACCUGUCAAGACUGGUAUUUAAGAAUGAAAGUUAUAUUUCAGGAUGAGCAUGUAGGUGAGCCAAAGAAUCAAAAUAUGUUACUGGGAAUUAUGUUUUUAGAAGGUUCAAUAAAAAUGUGUGUUUUGAAGCCUAACCUUUUACUGUACUUUGAACUACUUACUUCUUACAGGAUAAGCGUGUCGGUGAAUCAAAGAAUCAUUGCUCUUCCUCACGACAAUCGACAAGUUCGGCUGUUUGACAUGUCAGGAGUGCGGCUGGCUCGACUCCCACACAGCAACAGACAGGUAACCAGCACCAACACACAGAGGCAGCAAAUACAUAAAAUUUUUCAUCUAGUAUAUUUCUAGUAUAAUCUGCAUCUGUAGUGGAUGUAGUGAUCUAUACAGUAGGCUGGAUAUUUAUAUAGUAGCAUAUAAUAAGUCAGGGUCAUAUUCAUUAGUUUACACUGUAGCAAAAUGUUUGCACCGUAAGCAAACAUUUUGACACAAAAAACAAGCAUCUUUUUUAUUGGACAAAUUCAGGUAGGUCCCUCAAUGUUUCGACUAGUUUACUUCCUAGUGAAUAAGACCCUGAGGGGUAUACUACAAAGUAGGAUCAAGUAGUUAGCCAGCUAACUUGCAUAAAUAUCCUGUUUUUUUAAAAGGUUUUUUUAUACACUUGAAAUGUGCUUUGUCUAAUUGACUCAACAACCCAAAACAUACACUGAGUGUACAAAACAUUAGGAACACCUGCUCUUUCCAUGACGUAGACUGACCAGGUGAAUCCAGGUGAAAGCUAUGAUCCGUUAUUGAUGUCACUUGUUAAAUCCACUUCAAUCAGUGUAGAUUUGUAUUUAUUAUGGACCCCCAUUAGCUACUGCCAAGGUACUCUUCCUGGGGUCCAGCAAAAUGAAGGCACUUAUACAUUUUAAAAGCAUUACAAUACAUUCAUAACAGAUUUCACAACAUAUUAAGUGUGUGCCCUCAGGCCUCUACUCUACUACUACAUAUCUAUAACACAAAAUCCAUGUGUAUAUGUGUGUAUGUUAUUGUGUGUUUGUAUGCAUGUGUCUAUGUGUGUGGUGCUUCACAGUCCCCGCUGUUCCAUAAGGUGUAUUUUUAUCUGUUUUUAAAAAAUCUAAUUUUACUGCUGGCAUGAGUUGCUUGAUGUGGAAUAGUUCCAUGUAGUCGUGGCUCUAUGUAGUACUGUGCGCCUCCCAUAGUCUGUUCUGGACUUGGGGAUUGUGAAGAGACCUCUGGUGGCAUGUCUUGUGGGGUAUGCAUGGGUGUCCGAGCUGUGUGCCAGUAGUUCAAACAGACAGCUUGGUGCAUUCAACAUGUCAAUACCUCUCACAAAUACAAGUAGUGAUGAGGUCAAUCUCUCCUCCAUUUUGAGCCAGGAGAGAUUGACAUGCAUAUUAUUAAUGUUAGCUCUCUGUGUACAUCCAAGGGCCAGCUGUGCUGCCCUGUUCUGAGCCAAUUGCAAUUUUCCUAAGUUCCUCUUUGUGGCACCUGACCACACGACUGAACAGUAGUCCAGGUGCAACAAAAACUAGGGCCUGUAGGACCUGCCUUGUUGAUAGUGCUGUUAAGAAUGCAGAGCAGCGCUUUAUUAUAGACAGACUUCUCCCCAUCUUAGCUACUGUUGUAUCAAUAUGUUUUGACCAUGACAGUUUACAAUCCAGGGUUACUCCUAGCAAUUUAGUCUCCUCAACUUGCUCAAUUUCCACAUUAUUCAUUACAAGAUUUAGUUGAGGUUUAGGGUUUAGUGAAUGAUUUGUCCCAAAUACAAUGCUUUUAGUUUUUGAAAUAUUUAGGAGUAACUUAUUCCUUGCCACCCAUUCUGAAACUAACUGCAGCUCUUUAAGUGUUGCUGUCAUUUCAGUCGCUGUGGUAGCUGACGUGUAUAGUGUUGAGUCAUCCGCAUACAUAUACACACUGGCUUUACGCAAAGCCAGUGGCAUGUCGUUAGUAGAGAUUGAAAAAAGUAAGGGGCCUAGACAGCUGCCCUGGGGAAUUCCUGAUUCUACCUGGAUUUUGUUGUAGAGGCUUCCAUUAAAUAACACCCUCUGUGUUCUGUUAGACAGGUAACUCUUUAUCCACAAUAUAGCAGGGGGUGUAAAGCCAUAACACAAGUUUAUGUGUGCCAUUCGGAUGGUGAAUGGGCAAGACAAAAUAUUUAAGUGCCUUUGAAUGGGGUAUGGUAGUAGGUGCCAGGCGCACCGGUUUGUGUGUCAAGAACUGCAACGCUGCUGGGAUUUUCACGCUCAACAGUUUCUCGAGUUUAUCAAGAAUGGUUCACCACCCAAAGGACGUCCAGCCAACUUGACACAACUGUGGGAAGCAUUGGAGUCAAUGUGGGCCAGCAUCCCUGUGGAACGCUUUCGACACCUUGUAAAGUCUGUGCCCCGACAAAUUGAGGCUGUUCUGAGGGCAAAAAAAUAAAAAGUGGGUGCAACUCAAUAUUAGGGAGAUGUUCCUAAUGUUUUGUACACUCAGUGUAUAUAUACGUUUAGCUUUCUUAAUGAACUAGAAAAUCAACAGUUAUUUCUGGUUGUUUAUCAAAGUUAACUGGCUAACUCUUUGAUCCUGCUUUGUAGUAUACCCCUCUGGUUCGUUAGUGUACUAAUGUGACUGUUUCUUCACAGGGCCACCGGCGCAUGGUGUGCUGCUCAGCCUGGUGUGAGGACAACUCCUCCUGUAACCUGUUCAGUUGUGGCUUCGACCGGCAGGCCAUUGGAUGGAACAUCAACAUCUCAGCUCUGCUGCAGGAGAAGUGAGCCCAGCCCAGACAGGUUAGUUUUCCCCCACAUUCACUAUCUUAUGUUUUUUUUGGUACGCCUAGUCUUAGACUCAAUGGGGAAUUUCCAUAGAAGAUGCUUUUAUAGUUCAGGACUAGGCUUAUUCUGUGUCCGGGAAACCGCCCCUCAGUGUUAUUCGUAAGUAUUAGUUUAUAUAUAGAUUUUUUACAUUACUACUCUUUAUUUUUCUAUAAAUAUCUGAAAGGGGGAUGUGCUUUACAAGCCCCUUAGGUAGUUUUUUUCCCCUCAUCUGCACAUGCACUUUUAAUUUAUCUUUUAAUUUUCUGGAACUGUAAUUCGCUCUGGAUAAGUGUGUCUGCUAAAUGGCCAAAAUGUAAUCGUAUUGUAUUGUCUUUUUCUUGUGUGCAAAUAAAAAAACAUGUCCAGAGUCAGCCCUGAGCCAUCCGCCUGGCCCAUCUGCUCACUGAGCCCCAUCUUAAGAGCUGAUCAGUCAGACGCCCCCACUCUCGGGCAGGGAGGGGAGAAGAUCGAUCGAGGACCACUCUCUCUCUCUUUGUGUCAAGUCUUCAUGUUCUUCUCACACUCCAAAUGUGGUCACAGUCUGGUCUGCAUGGUCUGAAUAUACAUACCGUACUACAUGUGUGUGUGGGGUUUUUUCAAACUUGCCCAUGUAUGUACAAAAAAUGUGAAGGACUACACUCAGCUUUGUUGUAGGGCUUGUUUUGAUCAAUUUAGUCAUCACUUUCCUGCUGAAGAUAAAGAGCACAGUGACAUAAAGAAGGUACGGGGGGAGCGUAAUGUUGUCACCCUAAUCUUCAGUUCAGCACAGGUUGGGCCCACUUGA